AUGGCGGCCUUCGUGUUCCGUGUUCUCUGGCCGCUGCUUGCCUGCUGGACGGGCGCUGUGAGCUCUGGGUCCAUCUCUUCGGAGCUGGCUCUCAGAAAAGCGCUUUUGCAAAGGGCCCGAGGUGCUCACCGAUCCAGCUCGGUUCCCCUGCUGUCGUCGCCCAGUUUCGGAUUAAAAAACUCUGGAUUCCACCCUAACGGAUACCCGCUGUACAUGAUGCAGCUGUACCGAACCCUAACUGCUGCAGAGCACGUCAGGGUGACAGCUGUCAGCGCCACCGGAAGCACAGGCCACGACAACCCGGCGCUGCACGAGGCUGACUCCGUCCUCAGUCUCAUAGCGAAAAGCUGUUUCCAGGAGGGGGAGCGAUGGUCCAUCACCUUCGACAUGUCGGCCAUCUCGUCCCAGGACAGCGUGCGGCUCUCGGAGCUCCGCAUGCACGUGCCCGAGUUUUCGGCGGCGGGACGAGUGACCGUGGACGUGUUCCACUCCCCGGGGCGGGGCCAGGAACACCGCUUCCUGCUGGGCAGCUUCAGCGCUGCCCCCUCCAGCACAGAGCCCUCCUGGAAGGUGUUCAACAUGACCGGGGCCGUCAGGGCGUGGCGGGAGGGGGGGGCAGUGACCGCCCGGGGCCCCCCAUCACAGGGCAGGAGGGUGCCGCACCCCACGGCGAAUCGCGUGAUGAUGGUGGUGUUCUCCAAACAGCACGUGCCCCUGGAAGGGCCUCGGCCCCCCACCCUGAUCCGGGCGGUGGAACACUCCAAGUACGUGACCCAGGAGCGGCCCCCAGGCCGGGAGCCUGCCCGACGCAGGCACAGGAGGGACCACGGCAGCAGGGGGGGCGUCCGGGCAGCAGGGGGCGCCGUGGCCAGCCCCAACGCCACUGAGCGCGCUCAGAACACGCUCUGCCGCAGAGUGGACAUGUGGGUGGACUUCGACCGGAUCGGCUGGGACCGGUGGAUCGUCUACCCCAAGCGCUACAACGCCUUCCGCUGCCAGGGGGAUUGUCCCAGCCCUGUGGAUGAGAACUUCAAACCCACCAACCAUGCCUACAUGCAGAGCCUGCUGCGGCUGCACCACCCGGCCAGAGUGCCGUGCCCCUCCUGCGUGCCCACGCGUCUGAGCCCUCUCUCCAUGCUGUACUACGAGAACGGAGAGGUGGUGAUGCGUCACCACGAGGACAUGGUGGUGGAAGAGUGUGGGUGCCACUGA